AUGGAUCUUGAGACAAAGCUUACAAAAAAUUACUACUUCAAACCCAACAUGAAAAAUCAUGAGAAUAAUCCAUUUGGUGGGGUUCCUUCAUCUCAAGGAAUAUUACAAGAUUUUAAUCACAUUGAUAAAUUUAAUGUCAAUGCUUCAUUUUUCAAUCCUAUUUCCGGGGUCCAAAAUUAUGUACCUAGUUAUAAUUUUACCUAUGAUGUUCAUCAUGAUUUCAAGCCUUUUGUAGAGAAUAAUAGUGGUAACGGUAAUGCUUAUGUUAUGGAUAAUUUCCUAUAUGGAAACUAUGGCUUGAACAAUUUUUCUCAGAGGAAUAAUCAAGUGGAAAUGAUGGUUACUAAUACUAACCAAAGUAAUUAUUUUCCCUUUAACAUUUCUCAAGAAACCAAGCCUUUGAAUUUUGGUGUACCUGAUGAAGUUUCAUGCAUUUCACCACUGAAUUAUUACAAAAGAAUUAGCUUGAACAAAAACAAUAAGGGAUAUCUUACCUCAAGAAAGACACAAAAAGUUCGUAAGAGGUCCAACCUUGUGAAAGGGCAAUGGACAGUAGAAGAAGAUGGGUUGUUGAUUCAACUGGUUGAACAAUAUGGAUUGAGGAAGUGGUCUCAUAUUGCUCAGAUGUUGCCCGGUAGAAUUGGAAAACAGUGCAGAGAGAGGUGGCAUAACCAUCUAAGGCCUGACAUUAAGAAGGACAUAUGGAGUGAAGAAGAGGACAAAAUAUUGAUCAAAGCUCAUGGAGAGAUAGGAAACAAAUGGGCUGAGAUUGCUAAAAAGUUACCUGGAAGAACAGAAAACUCAAUCAAAAACCAUUGGAAUGCAACCAAGAGAAGACAACAUUCCAAAAGAAAGUGUCGUUCAAAGUACCCUAGAGGAACACUUCUACAAGAAUAUAUCAAGAGCUUGAACUUAGACAAAAACCCUCCAAAAGAUUAUAGAAGAAAAUCUUCAACUAAUGCUAGUGUGCUAAAAAACAAAACCAACAAAAACACAACAAUAUCAGCUCAGUCUCAGAAUCAGAAAGCUGAACAAUUUUGUUCAAGUGAUCGGUGUUUGGUACCAAGUUGUGAUUUUGAUGAUGUCCCAGAUUUUUGUUUCGACGAGAAUUUGUUUAAAGAUGGGUGUAGUAUUGAUUCUUUGCUAGAUGAUAUACAAUGUGAUGAAAUUAUGGAAGAAAAAAAACAUUGUGAUAAUGUUGAGAUAGAUAUGCCACUAGAGAUUAUGGAAUCUAUGCUUGGAGUUGAAGUUAAGAAGGAGAUGGAUUUGAUUGAGAUGGUUUUUUCAGAUCAAAGAAAUUGUUAA